GCGGAACAAGCGGCCCUACAGAGGGAACAAAGGACGACUGAGUAUUUAACCAGUAUGGAAACAGCUUGAACUCCAUCGCCCAGUAUCCAGCCACGAUGUCAAAGCGGCCGUCGUACGCCCCUCCCCCUCCCCCCGCCCCAACUACACAAUUGCCUUCCACCCCCGGGUUUGUCGGCUACAACCCUUACAGCCAUCUGGCCUACAACAACCUCCGGCUGGGAGGGAGCUCCGGAGGCUCCAGCAGGAACUCCACAGGAAUCACCGUCCCGAAGCCUCCCAAACCUCCAGACAAGCCGCUGAUGCCCUACAUGCGGUACAGCCGGAAGGUAAGCAGGAAGGUAUGGGACCAAGUGAAGGCGUCCAACCCGGACCUGAAGCUGUGGGAGAUCGGAAAGAUCAUCGGAGGGAUGUGGAGGGACCUGACCGACGAGGAGAAACAGGACUACCUGAACGAGUACGAAGCCGAGAAGAUUGAGUAUAACGACUCUCUGAAGGCGUACCACAACUCUCCGGCCUACCUGGCGUACGUCAACGCCAAGAACCGAGCCGAGGCCGCCAUGGAGGAGGAGAGCCGGCAGAGGCAGACCCGUAUGGACAAAGGAGAGCCGUACAUGAGCAUCCAGCCCGCCGAAGACCCCGAUGACUACGACGACGGCUUCUCUGUGAAACACACGGCAGCCGCUCGUUUCCAGAGGAACCACCGGCUCAUCAGCGACAUCCUCAGCGAGAUCGUGGUGCCAGACGUGCGCUCGGUAGUCACAACGGCCCGCAUGCAGGUCCUGAAGAGGCAGGUCCAGUCCCUCAUGGUGCACCAGAGGAAGCUGGAGGCAGAACUUCUGCAGAUCGAGGAUCGCCACCAAGACAAGAAAAGACGCUUCCUGGAGACCACAGACUCAUUCAACACUGAACUCAAGCGGCUGUGCAGUCAGAAGGUGGAGGUUGACAUGGAGAAGCUGGCAGCAGAGAUGGCGGCCGCUGAAGAGGCGGCCAGGCGCCGGGCGGAGGAAAGAGAGCGCGAGGCAGCCGAGCAGGCGGAGAAAGCUGCUCAGCAGGCUCAACAACAACAGCAGCAACAACAACAACAACAACAGCAACAGCAGCAGCAACAACAGCAGCAGCAGCAGCAGCAACAACAACAACAGCAGGAGGCUGCUGGAAACAAAGCUGCAGAGCAGAACAGCACUAAUGCUGGCAGCACUGCUAACCCCACCUCAGGGACCAAGGAGGAAGACAAGCCCACACCCAUGGAGACAGAUGAAGCAACACCUGAAGAGCCCUCCUCAGACCCCCAGCCCGCUCCAGCACCUCCAUCUGACCCCCCAUCCUCCGCCUCCGAUAAAGCCACCCCUCCCCCCGAGCCCCCAAGGGAGAGCAACACUCCUAACAGCAACAGCAACAGCAGCAGCAUCAGCAGCAGCGGCGCCCCAAGCGACGACAACAGCAACAGCAUGCCCCCUCCACCUUCAGACAGCAACACCGGAGCACCAGCAGCAGCAGCAGCAGCAGCCACUACAGCAUCCACAACAGCAGCCGCCCCCCCACCACCACCUUCAGACCCCCCGGCCGCACAGGAAGCCAGCCCCAAGGCAAGCAACCCCAACACGGCCGCCACACCUCCGGCUCCACCCGCAACAGAAGAAGCAACCCCUCCUCCUCCUCCUCCUCCUCCACCACCACCACUACUGCCCUCCAGCCAGAGCAGCCAACAGUACGAUAUGUAAUAGUUACACACAGCGGUAGCCGUAGACCUUCCCGCGCCCCUCCCUCUCCUCCGGGGGGGAGCAGCAGCGACGUAGUUGAGCAGCAGGUUCGGACAACACGGACUCGUGCGGCGGCUCUAUCAGAACAGAGGCUCCGGCUGUAUGAGGGUCUGUUUAUUAAGGUCAAUAAGUAGUUAAUAUGCAUUUCAUACAAGAGUGAUUGAGGAUGUAGGGUGUCACCAUCCUGCAGCUGGAACAAACACCUUGUAGGAGAAAUUAGACAAGAAAUCUGUGUAUGUUUUUAGCGCACGUGCUCUGAUGAUGUGAAUGAGUUCAUUGAAACGUCACCAAAGAGUACAACGUUUUUGACCCAUGUGAGUUUGUGCUCCAGGAUAUUCCUCCUCUCACUUGAUACCUUUUUUUUGUUUAGUAUGAAAUAAGGACAAUACAGAGUGUCAUGAUACUAGAGAGGCAGUAAAUGUCUAGCAUGAAGCCCAGUGACCUGCUACACAUAAUAAAUGACUAUCCAACCCUACACGUAACAACCUCCGUAUGACUGUCUGCUCCUGUGUGUUAACCACAGUCUAUCCCAUUAGUUUUGUUGUUAAAUCCUCCCGUUUUUCAGUCAGCAGGGUCCAUGUUCACACCUGCUUGAAUAAAUUCAAAUUCCAGUUCUUUUUCUUCUCCACCUUGCUAAUGUGAGAAGAGUUCUCAUUAGUUUAAAGUUUAUUAUCUGUGAUACAAACCAGGAUAAAGUGAUGAGGUUCUAAACGGGAGUCGCUUACCAUAAGAAGUCCUGCUGAUGCCUGUUUUUUUUGUUUUUUAAAAUUUCAUAUACAUACAUCUAUUCUAACGUAGACCUCAGAACUCCACUGUGUAGACUUUAUACUGUUGUACAUGAUGUGGAUGAAAUGUUUGAAACCUGUAUAUUCCUCACUCAGUCAUGAUGUAUAAACCUUUAAAAAAAAAAUCAGCCUUUUUUUAUAUUUUUCUGCAACCUCGACAGGUUUUUACGUCACGAUUCACGUCAGGGCAGUCCGAAUUCUCCGAAAGCGUAACUUAUCAUGCGGUGAUAAAGAAAGUGCGACCUCCUCCUAUUCCCCCACUCUUUAAAAGGCUCCGAAUUUUGUAGUUUCAUCAUUUUGUGAUUUGCGAACUUUGUGUUUUUAGAGAUCUAGUACGACCUUUUUAGACGAAAUUCAGUCUUAGUCUUAAACCUGUAUUCUUGAAUCAGAUGUCGUUUUCUAACAUGUUUCAGUUGGGCUGGGUGAUGAUUUUCAGAUCUAAAUGUAAGACUGGAGAAAGCCACAUUUAAAUAAUUUAUGCACACACACACACAUACGUAUAUUCUGCAUGCUUUACUAACUACAAACCAUAAUCCUGCAAGUAUUUGAACAGUUACUGAAGACUUGGAGUUAGUUGAGGGGUUUAAUUUUUCUGUGUUUCAUUCAAACAUCACACUGACAGUUUGUAAUAUCUCUAAGGUGCUUUUUUAAAAUAUACAGAUGAUUAAAAUCACCUGCUUUGUAUUCAUCACAUUAGAAUCUGUAAGAGCUUCCCUACAAGUUGAGGCUUCUUUUUUUUUUUGGACUGCAUAUUCCUGUUGACAUGGCAACCAUUUAACUUUACCAGUUUAACCCUCAUCCAAAUGUAACCUCGGUCUUGUGCAUUUAAAGGACUGUUUUCUUACUUGAAUUGGACUGUUUUUAGUAAUAUGCCUGUUCUUUUUUUUCCAUCUUUCUUUUGUACUGUCUGAACUUAUUAUCCAAUAAAAAUGAUUUCUCAGUC